AUGUUCUGUCUAAGGGCUUGGGUGCCUUUGCUGUUCCUGCCAACUAAUGCAAGCCCGGUAUUCGUCGUGACCUUCUUCGUCCUCACCUAUUUCCUCAACAGACCAUGCAUCUACUGCUCUGCGCUCCUCUUGAUACUAUUCAUUUCGUCCUGCUCAUGGAGAGACCAGUGCCUCUUUGAUAUUCACAGCAACUGGUUCGAGACCAAACAUCUUGCUUCACCACUGUCGAGUGCAUUAUCGAAUGCUACAAAUUGGUCGGCAUCGAAUGCGGAUGGAGUUGUUGGGGAUGGCUCUUUCCUUGUAACGGCUAUCAACGAGACGGCGUCGGCUUUGGCUGGAGCUGCUUUAGAGGAAAUGAAGGGAAGGAUGGCAUACAAAGCGGAAUGGACCGGCAUUGGUCUGGGAUGGAUCAGGAGCUUUCUCGGAGCUAGGCAGUGGAGAGUGCCAUGCGUUGACGUCUACGUCCGACUGUAA